CUGGCUGCUGGGUUGAGAAGGAAAGGGAGAUGUGUAUCAGGCAUUGUCCGAAGCUGGAAGACAGGAUAAUUUCCAGGCAAAGAUGGCUAAUUUUGACAAGCUUUUCCCCCUGAACUUUCCAAGGAGGCUGCAUGAUGUCCUGUCUUCCAUAAACUUUCUCCUGUUGCUGGUGACCACUUCAAGUCCUUUAUUGCUAAGGUUUAGGUUAUAUCAAGGUUAUUUUUUGAAUGGAUGGUGGACAGUUUGUGACGGAUACAGCUGUAAUUCAGUUAGGUCCUCUUCUGGCCCUUUGAUUGCUGCCCAGGUCCUUGCUGUAGCUGCUGUUUUCUUUGGCUUUAUUGCUUUGAUUUCUUCAUGGAAGCUACUGGCGUGCUUGAUAGGUCGGGAGAUAACCGAAAACCUGAUUUCUUCAGUGGCUCAUUUCGGCACAGGACUCUUCUUGCUAUCUGCUCUGUUAAUUACUUACUGCAAUCUUAGAAUCAAGAUUGAUGUGCACAACAAUAAAAUGAAACCUUACUAUGGUUUUUUCCUCGGUUGCUUUGUCUGUUUUCUAUCAUUCUUCUUAGGCACAAUCAGCCUAUUAUAUUAUAAGGGCUUGAUCAAAGAAAAGGAAAAUGUGAUUUGUGACAUAAAUGCAGAAGCACAAGGAGAGAUAGCACAAUCAGACAAUGAAAAGCUUACCGUAUAAUCUAUGCCUCAUCUGUAUUGUUCAAGAGUACAAUUACAGACAUCCUUAGAAGAUCCUGAAAAAUCAGACAAGCUGAACGAAUGGCUAUUUACUCAACAGCAAUUUGUAAUACGGAAGGCCACAUGUGAGCUGUAACUUGGCAUCUUGGCAACUUCUUGUUCCCGCCU